AUGGCGUCGUCAAGGAAGAUGAACGUUCUUGUGUAUUCGGGCAAUGGAAGCACAGUGGAGUCCGUUCGUCAUUGUCUAUAUACUUUGAGGCGUCUGCUCUCACCAAAUUACGCCGUUAUUCCCGUGACUGAGACGACCAUUCUCAAAGAACCAUGGACAGCUUCCUGUGCGCUCCUAGUUUUUCCCGGAGGGGCCGAUAUGGGAUAUUGCCGGUCUCUCAACGGUGAAGGAAAUCGACGGAUUGACCAAUACGUCCGCCGAGGUGGUGCUUACCUUGGAUUUUGCGCUGGGGGCUAUUAUGGAAGCGCAAAGUGCGAAUUCGAGGUCGGGAACAGGCUGCUAGAGGUCGUCGGGCGCCGAGAACUAGCGUUCUUCCCCGGAAUCUGUCGCGGCUGUGCCUUCAAAGGCUUUGUGUAUCACAGUGAGGCUGGAGCCAAAGCAGCUGAGCUGAAAGUGAAUAGCGAGGUGUUCAACAAGGUUGUUGUACCCGAGACAUUCCGGUCGUAUUAUAAUGGCGGUGGUGUCUUCGUUGAUGCUGGGAAGUUUGCCGAUAAAGGAGUCGAGAUCCUGGCAUCUUAUACGGAUCCUCUGGACGUUGAAGGAGGAGACCGACCAGCAGCCGUCGUCUAUUGUAAAGUAGGUCAAGGCGGAGUGCUGUUGACAGGGACUCACCCAGAGUUUGCCGCAGCCAAUCUUGAUCGCAAUUGUGUUGGGCCUGAAUAUCCAAAGCUAGUCGAUGACUUGGCUGAGGAUGACGAGGAUAGGACAAAUUUUCUAAAGGCAUGUCUGUCCAAAUUAGGGCUGAUAGUGAGCCAAGAGACAAGCCCGGUACCAUCCCUCUCUCGUCUACAUCUUUCUUCUCUGCAUCACUAUUUGGUGCCUGAACUACUGUCAUCGUGGGAAGAAAUCAUCACAAAGGAAGAUGGCGAAGAAUACAUCAAAGGGGAGAAUGAUACAUUCCACCUUGAAAAGCCAGAUUCUAGAUGGUCUCUGAACUCUCUUGCGAAGAAUCUUCCAAUUCCUGGUGUUUCUGGGGGAAAUGAAGAGCAGACGACUGACCAAGUGGGUGGCGAUGAUUCAAAUGAUAGAAUUCUCGACUAUAGCAAGGUCACCAAGAGUCUUAUCCCACAUGACGCAGGGUGGCCGGGAACGAGAGAAACACCGUCCUUCAAUCAUAAUAUCUUCUAUGCGAAUCUACGAUCUUACCAAGAAGAGAGGUCAAGCGAGGCAGAGGAAUUUGGCAAGUUUCUCCUCUAUGGAGAAGUUGUCACGAGCACGAGCACGAUGCUAGAAAAAAACUCAACGCUUCUCGCUCAUGUCCCCAAUGGUUUCACAUUUACCGCGACUACCCAAGUUGCUGGCCGAGGCCGAGGCUCGAACGUCUGGGUCUCCCCAGCUGGAUCAUUGCUAUGGUCGAUGUGCAUGAAACAUUCUGCAGUACUCAGCAAUACUGCCCCAGUUGUCUUCAUCCAAUACCUGGCUGCGAUUGCCAUUGUUGAGGGUAUCCAUUCAUAUGAUCACGGGUACCAGAAUGUGCCUGUGAAAUUGAAAUGGCCAAAUGAUAUCUAUGCACUGGAUCCUUCCAAACCCGGGAAAAAAGAAUAUGUCAAGAUUGGCGGCAUCCUCGUCAAUUCAUCCUAUGCGUCUGGAAAUUACGAGUUAGUUGUCGGGAUCGGCCUGAACACGGCUAACGCUGCGCCAACAACAUCUCUAAAUUCGCUCCUACCUCCUAACCUUGAACCUUUCUCCCUCGAGAAGCUCCUAGCUCGAAUCCUCACAAAGUUCGAAACCAUCUAUAAAAGCUUCUGCCGAACCGGUUUCGAUAAGAAGCUUGAGGACCUCUAUUAUAGUCAUUGGCUUCACACGGACCAGAUUGUCACUCUAGAGCAAGAGGGCGGAGCAAGGGCGAGAAUCAAAGGGAUCACAUCAAAUUGGGGACUCUUACGAGCAGAAGAGCUAGGCUGGGAAGAUAGGCCAACUGGGAAGGUGUGGGAGUUGCAAAGCGAUAGUAAUAGCUUUGACUUCUUCAAGGGGCUGCUGAAGAGAAAGGUCUAG